AUGGAGAACUAUGAGAAUGUGUCCUCUCUUGGAAAGAAUUGCCAGCUGAUGGACUUCUGCCCAGCGAACCCAUGUGCCAAUGGCGGGACGUGUGUCAUCACCUAUCCAGUCAUCGUCUGCCAAUGCCAGCCGGGAUUUGAAGGGCACACAUGUCAACAUGAUGUCAAUGAGUGUUUUGGAGACACUAACCCCUGCCUCAAUGGAGGACGGUGCAUUAAUAAUGUGGGCUCUUUCCGUUGUGUCUGCCCUCCCAACUCCUCUGGUCCCCUCUGCCAGUACCACAUGGGGCAUUGUUCCCCAGAAGUCUGCCUGCAUGGUGGCACAUGCCAUGAUGUGGAUGAACGAUACCAUGGCUGCCUGUGUCUCCCAGGCUACACAGGUCAGUACUGCGAAGUGAACCCAGAUGACUGUGUUGGGCAUCAAUGCAGCAAUGGGGGCACAUGCCAGGAUGAACUGGGGUCAUAUUCCUGCCAUUGUCCCCCAGGCUGGACAGGACUCCAUUGUCACCUUCAUGAUGCCUGCCUCAGCAGCCCAUGUCACCCAGAUGCACACUGUGACACUGACCUCCUGACCGGCCACACGGUUUGCACCUGCCAGCAAGGUUACACCGGAGCCUUGUGCUACGAUGACAUCAAUGAGUGCCAGAUGGGUGCAAAUCCCUGUGAACAUGGCGGAAGCUGUCAGAAUACGCUUGGCUCUUUUACCUGCCGCUGCCCUGAAGGCUACACUGGUUCGCGCUGCGAAUCCAACCUCAACGAGUGCCUCAGUCAGCCCUGUCAUAAUGGAGCCUCCUGUCUUGACUUGCUGGGCCAAUUCCAGUGCCUCUGCCCUUCAGGAUUUGGUGGUCCAUUAUGUGAAGUUGAAGAAUGUGUCACAAAUCGCUGCCUCAAUGGGGGAACCUGCCUCCCACAAAGCCAAGGAUUUUCCUGCAAGUGUCUCCCUGGCUUCGAGGGACCCCGAUGCAAGCGGGAGGUGGAUGGCUGUGCUAGUAACCCCUGUAGGAAUGGGGGCCAGUGCCAGAAUUCAGUGGGGGGUUUCCACUGCACCUGCCUGCCAGGUUUUGAGGGACACCAGUGUGAGAGAGAGGCUGACUUGUGCCACAGUGGGCCCUGUGGACAUGGAACCUGUGUGAACACCCCAAGCUCCUUCACAUGCAUCUGCUCUCCAGGCUUCACAGGACCCUUCUGCAUGGAACUCAGCGACCCCUGCCAGAACUGGCAGUGCCUCAAUGGAGGUACUUGCCAGGAAACAGAAACUGGGCUGCAUUGUAUUUGUCUGCCAGGUUGGACAGGCCAAGAUUGUGCCACAGAGAUCAAUGCCUGCAAUUCCAGCCCUUGUCAUCAAGGAGGCACAUGUCUGAGCCAACGAGGUUCCUUCACUUGCCUCUGCCCCAGUGGCUACCAAGGGACAACAUGUGAAGAAGAUGUGGACGAAUGCCAGUCAAGCCCCUGCCUCCAUUCUGGAUCCUGCCUUAACAGCCCUGGAACGUUCCAUUGCCUUUGUCCAAAGGGUUACACAGGAGUGAGGUGUCAAGUGAUCAUAGACCUUUGUUCGCCUAAUCCUUGUGGACAUGGAGGCCAAUGUGUAGUAAAAGAGUCUGCCCCUCAUUGUCUCUGCCGUCCAGGUUGGGCUGGCCCUCGAUGCCAACACCAGUCAAGCCAGAAUGGGGAUAACUGCACAAAGCUGGCUGGAGGGUUCAGCUGUCAGUGCCUUCAAGGGGGGAAGUGUCUAAAUGGAGGAACUUGCACCAAGAUCUCAGGUGGAUUUCGCUGCUUGUGCCCACCAGGGACCAUAGGUCCCCAUUGUGAUGUGGAUCCCUGUUCUCUCCCUGGUCCCCAUUGCUACUAUGGAGGCACCUGUGUGGCUCAGCCUGAAGGGUUUUCUUGCAUCUGCCCCUCUGGGUAUGUUGGCAAGCGGUGUGAGGGGGUGGUGGAUGCCUGCUUCUCCCAGCCUUGCCACCGACCCGGUGCCCACGACUGCCAAUCCACUGAUCAUGGAUUCCACUGUUUGUGCACCUCAGGAUACACAGGGAGACUGUGUGAAUCUGUGAUUGACAGCUGUCAGACCAAUCCCUGCCUCAAUGGUGGAAGCUGUAGCAUAAUGCCUGAUCAUCCUCUUGAAUUUAUCUGCCACUGUCCACAGGGGUUUGAAGGAACCACAUGUAACCAGAACACACCAGCUUGUGGUCUCUUCUACUGUCACAAUGGUGGGGUUUGCAUUUCACCUCAGUCCAGACCACUUUGCCUCUGUGUGGGAGGCUUCUCUGGACCAGACUGCCGCCAGCCUCCCUGUUCUUCCGGUUCCUGCACAGCUACCAAUGGUACCUACGAAAUCGAAUGCCAGCAGACAGCAAGAGAUGGGCGUUGUGACCGGGCCUGCAGUUCCCCUGAAACCAAUUGGGAUGGGGGCGAUUGUUCCUUGGGCUUGUUAGAUCCUUGGAAGAGUUGCCCAAAGCAGGAGCUGUGCCAGGUGGCUUUCCAGAAUGGGCAUUGCCAGCGCUUUUGUGACAAUGAGGAUUGCCUUUAUGAUGGAUUUGACUGUGUCCAGCAGAAGGAGUGCAACCCGUCUUAUGCACGAUAUUGCCAGGACCGCUUCGCUGACGGACACUGCGACCGAGGGUGCAAUGUGGCUUCCUGCAGCUGGGAUGGAGGAGACUGCUUGUCAUAUCCUGUCCCCGUGAAGGCACCAAUCUUGGGCCUGGUGGUCCUGAUGCCACGGGAAGACCUGCCUCAGUUUCUUCAUUCCCUAAUAGUUGCCACACAAGCGGCAUUACAGAUUCAGCGGGAUUCUGAGGGCAAAGAGCGAAUUUAUCCCUACACAGGGAAGGAAGAGCUUGGAAGUAGGAGUAACUGGACUCAGAAAAAGACUUCUGCAGCACGGACCAUUGGUUUCACCAUCUUCCUGGUUGUGGACAAGACCUUAUGCUCAGGCCUGUGUCCCACAUCCCCCGAAUCUGUCCUGAAUAUUUUGGGGGCCUUAUCAGCUAAAGGAGUUCUUGAAUCCUUCAUUCCAUAUCCAUUGGUAGCUGCCUGGACUGAGUCAGUGGAAAAUGAUUCACAGACUUCAGUUCCUCGUUUUUCUGGGCCCCUCCUCUACGGCGUGGUGGCUGGAGUUCUGGUCAUAGCAUUGGUCAUCUUUGUUGGGGUAUGGAGGAUCCGCCGGCCCCAACACCGGGAACAUGGUUCACUUUGGUUCCCACCUGGAUUUUCUCCACGCCAAGGCAAGAAGCGUCGUCGUCGUAGAGAACCUGUAGGAGAAGAUGCUAUUGGGCUAAAGCCAAGGAAACAGGAGAUUGAAUUUGUAGAGGAGCCUGAUAUGUUUUCCAGUUCCCAUUUUGAUGGACCACUGGACACCAAAGAGGAUGAUCCUGAUUACAUCUCAGUCCCAGAUCAGAGCCAGCCUAAGCCUAAGAAGCAGCUACAAUUCAGCACGCCAACGCAGGCACAGGACACCAAGCCAAAGAAUGUGAAAAAUCGAGAACCAGUUUGUGGCUUGACACCAUUGGCCCAUUCUCCUGGCUUGGAAGUGGAGGGAUCCUGGACAGACCGGCAAACCCACACCUCUGGAGAAACACCUCUUCACUUAGCCGCUCGCUUCUCCCGUGCGGACGCUGCCCGUCGACUUCUGGCCUCUGGAGCUGAUGUCAAUGCCCGUGACCAGUGGGGACGGACUCCCUUGCACAGUGCGGUAGCAGCCGAUGCAUUGGGUGUCUUCCAGAUCCUUCUCCGGCAAAGACAAACAGAUUUGGAUGCAUCGGCACAUGAUGGCUCCACCCCACUAAUCCUUGCCACACGGCUGGCAGUUGAAAAUAUGGUGGAGGAGCUGGUGGCAAAUCAUGCAGAUGUCAGGGCCACAGACAAACGAGGAAAGAGUGCCCUCCACUGGGCUGCAGCCGUGAAUAAUGUCCGUGCCACCCUCAUCCUGUUGAAAAAUGGAGCUGACAAGGAUGCCCAGGACAAUCGGGCCCAGACCCCUCUGUUCCUGGCUGCCCAAGAGGGGAGCUACAAAGUAGCCUGCCUUCUCCUCCAACAUGGAGCCACACAGAACAUCCAGGACCACCUGGGACGCCUUCCAAAGGACGUGGCACGGGAGCGCCUCCACCAUGACAUCCUAUCCCUCUUGGACCACCCUUCUCCCUCUUGUGUGACUGGGCAGCUCUCACCACAUAGACCACGGCCAAAGGCCCACCGGGCCAUGACCAACCUACACAGGUUACCAGGGCAAACUGGCCACCUGCAACUAACUCCUGUGCCUGAGAAUGAAGGCCUUUCCAAGGAGCUGCCUUCUCCCAGGCUGCCAAGAAGUUCACCAGAAGAUGCCACUGGGCCACUUGCUGAGUGACUCUGCCCCUUCUGGGUGUGGAAUGAACAGCCGAGAGCAUGGGGGUACAGUGGCAUUAGGUUGAGCCACUGUGAAGUGCCCUCCCCAGCAAUGUCAGGCCAGGAAUGAUGAUACCACAGGAAGGCACCAUGAGUGCAGGCACUUUGUUGUGUUGCAGCUCCUGGAGUGGUUCUGACACCUGUGGUUCUGACAUCUGCGUGGAAGGAUGAUGACGUUCUUGGUGUGAUAUCGGAGGCUGCCCACGAACAUUUUUGACAUCAUACAUGAUGAUGUCACACAGCAAGGGGAGGCAGUCAGCGGUGAUAAUGUUCCACAUAGCCCAAAGUACAGAGUGACCUUCAUCAGGUUUUUCUAUAGGAAAAGGGGUGGAUGAGCUAAAAACCAGUAAGUCUGAAAAACUCUUCACCCAACUUUUCCAAUGUGUAAUUUACUAAUACACAUCUUAUUACAAUUUGUCACUA